AAAGAUCGCGACACUACGACGAAGUGGAAGCAUGAAGGCGAUAGCUGCGGCGAUUUGGAUGGGCGGGAUACUUAUCUGUAUGACGUGGACGAUACCGUCUGUACAUGCUGCCUCUUCAGGGAGACCGGAGCAAGUGCAUAUUGCCAUCGGGGGAAUUGAGUCAGCUGGAAUGACAAUCAGUUGGGUCACGGCGACAGCAGGGGAAUCCCGCGUGAAGUACGGUCAGCACAACGCGUCGUUGGACCUCGAAAGCCGCGCCACUCAACCGGCCUCGCAGUAUAAAUUUUGCCACUACACAUCAGGGUACAACCACCACGUUCUGUUGCCAUCGUUGGAGCCAAACGCGCAGUAUUUCUAUGUCGUUGGCGGGAACGAAUCGGGGUGGUCUAAAGUUCUCUCCUUUCGCACGCCCCCCAAGCGCGGCGAUGUCGAUACACCGCUGACCCUGGGCAUUCUCGGCGACUUGGGACAAACCAAUUACUCGUUGGAAACGCUCGGGUACAUCCAGAAGAAUCCAUUAGUGAACGCUGUGCUCCUCGCUGGCGACCUCUCCUACGCCGACACGGUUCAAUCGCGAUGGGAUGCAUGGGGGACGUUUGUGGAACCCUCGACGUCUGCCAUUCCUUGGAUGAUGGCCGCUGGCAACCACGAGAUUGAAACGUCAUGCCAAUUGACUACCUUUGACGCGUACCAAGCACGCUACCGCAUGCCCUUUCACGAGAGCGGCGCCACGCGGGGCAAUUUGUUUUACUCGUUCGACGUCGCAUCGGUCCAUGUCGUCGUGCUCACGCCGUACAUCCCAACCUACCGCGCAUCCAUCCAGUUCAAGUGGGCCGCCCGCGACUUGGAACGGGUGGACCGCCGAGUGACUCCCUGGAUCGUGGUGAUGAUGCACGGGCCAUGGUACAGCAGCAACCGCGCGCAUCAAAGCAAUGUGGAGCCGCAACAUGCGAUGCGCAAAGACAUGGAGGACCUUCUGUUUGAUCACCGCGUGCAUGUGGUCCUGGCUGGCCACGUGCAUUCAUACGAACGGACGUUCCCCGUGUUUCGACACGAACGAACGGUCAACGCGCCGAUUUACGUGACGAUUGGCGACGGAGGCAACCGCGAAGGGCUAGCCGACAAGUACAUUGAGCCCCGCCCGGUAUGGUCUGCGUAUCGUAAAGCCAGGUACGGGUAUGGGUUGUUGCAAGUGCACAAUCGAACGCACGCGCGGUUUGAAUGGCACGAAGACAAGGACAAGACGUCCAACGUCCACGACUCUGUGUGGCUUCACGCUAGAACCAUAGUCGAACAUACUCGCCAUUAGUGAACCAACGCUCUUGCAUUAAACAAACAUUCUUGAUGUGCAAAGUGAAGUGAUAUGUAUC